UCCAUCGCCGUUUUCAAACCUUGAGGCGGGUGACAUUGUCACGUGACAUAGAGUCGAGCUCACAUUUUGAUGACGUUUUUCCAAGAUGUCGGCUUCCACGCUGAUGGAGUUUGCUGUCCAGAUGAAAUGUGAUGGAUGUGCAAAGACUGUAAGAAAAGCUCUUGAGGGAGUUGAUGGAAUUAAAUCCGUACAGAUAAAUGUGGAGAAUGAACAAGUGAUUGUAGAGGGGACCCUGCCCUCCAACAGUGUUAAAAACCUGAUAGAGGCAACUGGAAAACUGGCAGUAUUGCAAGGAUAUGGGUCAAGCACAGAAACUCGACCCAAGCUUACCGCUGCAGCAGUGGCCAUGUUGGAAGCAGGGAACCCUAGCAUCAAAGGAGUUGUCCGGUUUGUGCAGACUGAUGAGGAUACCUGUGUAGUAGAUGGAACUGUGGAUGGACUCCCACCAGGAAAACAUGGACUCUUUAUACACGAGUGUGGUGAUAUAUCCAAUGGCUGUCACAGUUGUGGAGAUAUCUUUGGAAAUAUGGGACCAUUAACAAAAAAGGUGGCAGGAGCUAUGGGCGAUAUAGUGGUCCACCCCAAUGGGCGGUCAGAGUUCCAUAUGAUCAAUAAAAAUGUUAAGGUCUGGGAUAUGAUUGGCCGGUCAAUGAUUAUUCACGAGGAAGACACAGAUGCCCGCAUUCAAAACAAAAUAGAGAAUCGUUUAACGUGUGGUAUCAUCGCUCGGUCAGCAGGUGUGUCUGAGAACAAUAAGAAAAUCUGCUCCUGUGAUGGUGUUACUUUGUGGGAUGAGCGAAAUGUUCCCUUGGCUGGGGAAGGACGCCAGUCUAAGAUGUAAUCUGAUGAAUAAAAAGGAAAUGAGACCCAAUGUAAUGAAAAACAUUUGUUCCUUGACAUAUAUUUAGUUUCCAGAAAAAGGUUUUACACAAUGUAACUUAAAUGAAGACAUCAGUGAUUGCUUAUAUCAUUGUGACUAUCUUAUAACAUACAUGUUGUUAUCAUUUCUUUUAUUGGACCUCAGGGUCUAUUUAAUUGAAAUGAAUAAAUAUUAAAAAAAUAAACAUGAAUAUACAAUAUAAGUAUCUGCCCUGAAAUGCAGAAUACAAUUCUUAUACAAGGUUCUGAUGCAGAUGAUUUAAACUGUUGUGUUCAAGUGUGUUUGUCAAUGGAUGAAGAAUUUAAACAAUUUUUCAUGGGAUGCGAUAUGCUGAUAAAACAACAGAAAAUAUUUAUGAAAUUGAAACUUAAUGUGUUGGCUUUGCCUAUAAAUGUACAACAUUUAAGCAAUGGGAUGAAACUUCUUGACUGUGAUGCUCAUUUAUGUUUUGACCCCGUCAACUUCUUUCAUGUGAAUGGUAAACCAGCAGUGAGAACAGAUCCAAACUUUCACCAUUGACUCUAUCAUUGUUGCUAAAAACCAGUAUAAUAUUGACUCUAUUCUUGUUCCUGAAAUUUGCUUUAUUAUCAGAAAAGCGACGAAUGUGAUUGUUGUGGUAAGUGUAUGUGUUGAUACUUACUGAAACAUUAGAAUUAGUCCCUAAAUCAUUCACUCCUGAAGAAACAUUUGAACUCCUCCAAUAUAAAGGUUGGAAUAGUUCAUUAUGAUUUCAGGGGUGAAUGAGUUAACCUUUUAUAGAACACUGGUCUGUGCAACACAUUUCUUACAUGCAUAAAUAUAACUUUUUAUUGUAUUUUAUAUGUAUAUGUAUAAGUAACAUUUCAUGUGUGGAGCAUCUUACUAUGUAUAUUCACUUAUGUAAUGUAUUUGCUUUCUGGACACGCAAAAUAUCCUUUGCUUUGUUAGAUGUCAGUAAAUCUAUAUUGAUGUUUUUGAUUAAUUUUAAUGAGCAAUGUAUCAGUUCGGAGUAUCUGAGUUUUGAUUUGAGUGAGAUAGUGUGCUAUGAGUGAAUGCGUGCAGGGUCACAGAUUGGUGUACACUAUUUAUAUUAAUUUAAAAACCAAAAGGUAUACUUUGAGAUUUUAUGAAUGAAUGUUUAAUUGGAGUAACAUACAUGUAUUUAUAUGUGAAAUUGCAAUGAUCUUAUUUUAUUUGAUUCAAGGCACACUGUUUGAUUGAGUAAACAGCGCUAAGUUAUACAAAUAUGUCCAUGUCUUUACUAGUAAUAGAUUGUAAUAUCCAGGACAUAAAUGAAAUAAAAAACCACAAAACA